CCCCUGAGGCCCCUCCCACCUCCCAACGUGUUGAUGCAGACCUACUUUGCUCCGUGGCACUCGGGUGCAGACCACCUUCCACCUUCCUCUGUGCAACAUGUCCUGGACUCUGCUCGUCCUGGCUGCCCUCCUCGGCGUUUCUAGUCUUGCUGACGGCGCAGCAGUGCAGGAUGACUCCAAGUCAGCUGAUGCCAAAGAGGGCGCUCGCACGGUCUUCAUGCCUGAGGUCGACGCCGACAACUUUUUCAAACGCCGCACUCGCCGCUCCGUGAGAUACUACGAACAGCUGGCGGAGCAGAAGGUCCAGCGGGCCAACAGCGAGCGCUGGAGGGAAUACAACGAGGAUCGACACAAGAAGUACGAGAACUACGCCGAAGAAGACCGCGACGAGCAAAGUGAAAGAAGGAGGGAGACAAAUGAGCAGUUUCGGGAGUAUCACUACGAUGGCCUCUAUCCCCGAUAUCACUGGUUCCACUAGUGAGGUUCCACUGCACCAUUUUGCAACUACACUUACAUCUUCAUAGAGCUACAAAUGUUUGGGGACACCUGUAUCGUGCAGUGUAUGUUGUUUGGGGACACCUGUAUGGUGCAGCGUAUAUUGUUUGGGGACACCUGUAUGGUGCAGCGUAUAUUGUUUGGGGACACCUGUAUCGUGCAGUGUAUAUUGUUUGGGGACACCUGUAUGGUGCAGUGUAUAUUGUUUGGGGACACCUGUAUCGUGUAGCGUAUGUUGUUUGGGGACACCUGUAUGGUGCAGCGUAUAUUGUUUGGGGACACCUGUAUGGUGCAGCAUAUGUUGUUUGGGGACACCUGUAUCGUGCAGUGUAUGUUACUGAAGUCAAUUGUAAAUAAAGGAAAACCUUUUGCUUCAA